UGGUUUGUGGUCCAGUCUUUAGGAGUACAUCAGCUAUGGGUCACGGCAGAGAAUCGCUGGGGAAAACAGAGCAAGUCUAUUUAUGUGGUUGUGAUACAGCGGAAUCUCUCCGAUCUCAAAUUUUCAUUGGUGGAUCCCGAUUCCAAUUCUCAUGUUGUUCCCUCUGGAACAGCGGUAGGCUUUUUGAUCCAGGCUGAAAUUCACAGCCGGUUCAACUCUACUCUGAUCAUUGACUCCCUGGACGGUCACACACACGAGGCCUCGUUAGAGGACACAGAGGGACAGACGCUGGCUCUGAACUGCACCCUGGGAGAAAUGUUCGUGACCGCCACCUACGGAAUAGGAUGCCUCCUCAAUGUUAGAUUUGAACACGCUUUUGAAAAAGAGGCAAUGUACAGACCGACAGCCAGAAUAUUCAGUGGUAACUUUUCUGAAAUCGCAGAGUUGGAUUCUGAGUUACUGGUCAUGAAGCGCCUGGGUUUUUCCCAGAUCGUCUCCCCUGGAAUCUGCUCUGUUGGACAAGCGUGUGAGUUUGAUUUGCAGUGUGAACCAUUCUCCAUAUUUGCGAACGUUACAUGGACUAUCUCUAAAAAUAACAACUCACUGGAUGUGAUCCAGGGCUCAUUAAAGCUGAGCUACAUUUUCACUGAGCCUGGUUACUACCAUAUUUCUACCCUGACACAGAACAGACUCAGUAGUUUAUCUGAGUCCACUAAUGUCCAGGUCUUAGUUCCCCUGUCAGACCUGUACGUCCAGUGUGACAGGGGACCUGUCUACCCAGAAUCGGAACCUAUUCUUUGUCGAGCUGACGUAAUGGAAGGCAGUCAUGCACAGUUCACUUGGAGUGUACAGCCAAACAACACAGACUUUGUGCGGUCUGAAGUCCAGCCAAUCAGGAUGGAUAAUACAAAUCUCUCAUCGGAGGCAGUGUUCACGUUUCAUAAUAAGGGGUCAUACAAUGUCAGCGUCACUGUGUAUAACAGGGUCAGUAAACUCACGAGUUACGCUGACAGCCUCGUCCAGAUACAGGAGAAGAUACAGUGUGUCGUGAUGAAGAGGGAACGGUCCGCCUACCCCAGGGGUGUGGUCAGGCAAGGGGAGGUCACUCUGUUUCUGGUGAAAACUUGUGGGGGGAGUCAUGUGAGAUUAGAAUUUGAUCUGGGAACAGGCAGACAGACAGCCAAAGUUCUGUACAUAAAAGAGGAAGAUUUGUAUGAAGUGAACUUACGAUUCUCUAGAGAGGGACAGCAUACUUUGGUUGUUUUUGCAUUUAAUGACGUAUCUGAAGUGAAGUUUUCGACUCAUGUGUUGGUCCAGCGGCAGAUUAACGGAUUAUCCCUGGAACUGAACCAGAAUCAGCCCCAUGUCAACUCGCCUCUUGUCUUUAUGGUUACCGAAGAAGGAAGUAUUUGCCAGCGAGAUGACCUGGUUUACAGAUUUACGUUCUCUGACGGACAUGAAGUGACCAGUGGAAGUCCAGCCAUGUCCAGAGUGUUCGACCAAUCAGGAGUGUUUACUGUCAACGUUACCGUUAACAACCUAGUUGACAGUGUGGCUCUGUCUAUGACCUUCACAGUCAGGAAUGAUGGGAAUUCCCCUUUAGCUUUGUCCAAUCCAAUCUUCAGUGCUCUAAAUCAACCAAUCAAAUUCAAAGUUCAGGGUGUGCCUGUGGAGGCGUUCACUAUUGAGGUCAAGUUUGGAGACCAAGACGAAGCAGUGGUUUUCUCCUCCAUCCAAUGGGAGCACAGCUAUGAUAAGCCGGGUAUUUAUGAAGUGUCAGCCGUACUUCACACAGUCAGUAGGGGUAACCUAGAGGUCACCAGUGUUGUCAUUGUCCAGGAGAAGUUAAAGGAACUGACCAUCAGAGCUCCCAGUGUCAUCAAAAUAGACAGAAUUUCCAGAGAGCACCUGUUUGAAGCUGAGAUUACCGUGGGUGGAUCCAAGGAAUUGACUGGGGGUGAAUCAGAGGAUUUUACAGGGAGUGGAUCUGGGGUUUUGUACUUCUGGUCCUUAGACAAUCGUCAGUCUCCUGCUAGCACUGUUAACUGGGUUAUUGAAGAAAUUGACCGGCCUGGUACAACUGUACUAACAGUGGGUGCCCAGAAUGACCUUGGAGAUAAGUUACUUGCAGUACAGGAGGUGAAGAUCCAAUACCCUCUCCUUGAUGUGACCUUGACCUCCGAUCCUACAGUGGAGGGGCGUGUCUGUGACAUCACGGUCCAGGUCACAGGAAGUCGGGACGUCGUGUUUGAUGUGGAUUUUGGGGACGCAAUUCAGGAUUCGUUAUCCUCUGAUGAUGUCGUUGUUACCAUAGAUACCACCUCCAGCUUGUAUCUCCCUAAAUACACCGCCGUCCUACAACACCAGUACAAUCUGAAAGGUCAGUACCAGGUCAAGGUCAAUGUGUCUAAUGCCGUCUCCUGGGUGACGGGUGAUGUCACGGUGAUGGUAGGGGAGGCUGUCGGGGACGUUACCCUGGAGAUCCUGUCCCCCCACAGGGAGCUGCCCGGGGUCUAUAUCGUGUCCCUCAGUGACCCACUGACUGUCCGAGUGACCGCCGGCAGGGGAGAUAACCUAACCUUCACCUGGGAUUUCUCUGAGUAUCCUGACGGAGGCACCAUAGACCAGCUAGGGAAUGGUAGUUCCAGUACAGCGACCUACUCCUUCAGUAUGACGGACAUUUUCCCGGUGUCUGUCAGUAUCAGUAGUCCCUACUACCAGGCCCCCCAGGUCUUUCCAUUCAAACACAAGUUCAAGGUCGUCCAGGAAAUCCAGGGAGUUUAUCUGGAGGUCAAGGGGUCGGGGAAGACAGGAGCCGCCCUCAAACAAGUGAAUGGAGAGUUACAGACAGAGGAGAUACAUUUCCUAGUCAGGUAA